GCUGUAUAGCCAUACCUGUGUACAUCUCGGUCAGGAGGAAUAAGUACUACUAUGAUCAAAGAUGGCGGACGGGUACGAAAAAACUAGAUCAACAGUCAAAAAUUUUAUAGAAAAGGCUUCAGGAAAAGAUGCGGCGAAAGAGCUGGCAAAUUUAUCUUCCAAGCUCGCUGAAAGCGAUGCAGAGAGGAAAUAUUCUGUAGACCAGGCCUUCAGAGACCUCGUCAAAGAUAGUUUGCUUAAAGAUGGUGAUGUGGAAAGAUCUGAGCAACUGAUUGCCUUUGCCAUAGAAGCAUGUCAACAAGGAACUUGCUCACCAACUCUUCCUUUUAUUCUUCUGAGUGACGUAUUUGACAGUAUAACAUUGCAACUUUGUGAAAAACUCUUUGGUUUUGUCGAAGAACAAGUAUCAGUAUGGACUAUGCCUUUAUUCUUCAGUGCUGGAAAAAAUCUACUUCUUAGAAUGUGCAAUGAUUUAUUACGAAGACUUUCAACGCAACAGAAUACUGUAUUUUGUGGGAGAAUACAAAUGUUCCUUGCAAGACUGUUUCCUCUAUCAGAAAGAUCAGGUCUGAACCUGAUGAGUCAGUUUAACUUAGAGAAUGUUACAAAAUACAAUAAAAAGACUGAGUUUGAGAGCAAAGACCAGUCAUCUGAUUCAAUGAUCACUGAUGAUGGUACAGAAAUUCUACCAAGUGCCCCAGUCGAUUACAAUUUAUACAGGAAGUUUUGGGCCCUUCAAGACUUCUUUAGGAACCCUACACAGUGUUACACAAAUGAGGGAUGGAAAAAGUUUUAUCAGAGCUCUAAAGAGAUCCUGAAUGUGUUUAACAGUCAUAAAUUGGAACACACUUCAAGAAAGAAAUUGUCUAAGAAUAAAUCAAAUGAGAAACCGGACACCCCAACAAGGAAAACAGAUAGCAGUGAAGAGCCUCGCUAUUUUCCAAAGUUCCUCACAAAUGAGAAGCUCUUGGACUUGCAGCUCAGUGACAGCAACUUCAGAAGAACUAUACUCUUGCAGUUCAUCAUAUUAUUUCAAUACCUCACGGGUACUGUCAAAUUCAAAAGUAAUCACCACGUUCUGAGUGAACUUCAAACUGUAGCAAUUAAAGAUAUGACAGAAUUAGUUUAUCAGCUAAUGAGAGAAAUACCUCCUGAUGGGGAAAAGUUUACAAAAGUUGCAGAGCAUGUAUUAGACAGGGAAGAAAACUGGAUCUUGUGGAAGAAUGAAGGUUGCCCAAGUUUUAUCAAAGACAAAGAAAAAGAACCAAGUGAAGUUCCCUCCAAGGCACCAAGGAAGAGAACAAGAAGCUUUGGGGAAGAGAUCUCUUCUGGUUGGAAAUCCAAGAAAAUCCAAAUGGGAAAUUCAGAACUGACUCGGUUAUGGAAUCUUUGUCCAAACAAUCUGGAAGCUUGUAGUUCUGAGAAAAGAGUAUUUUUACCAACACUAGAAGAGUAUUUCGGUGAAGCCAUCGAACAAUCUGAUCCAGCAGCAAUGAUAGAAGAUGAGUAUAAAUUAAUCAAAGACAGCAACUUUGGAUGGAGAGCAUUACGUCUGCUUGCUCGGCGUAGCCAGCACUUUUUCCAGCCGAGCUCGAACCCUUUCAAGACCCUACCAGAUUACCUGGAAAGUGUUGUUUUACAAUUAGCCCAGGAACUGCCGUCAGUGAAGUCUGAGGACGGUGCAGUAGUUGAAAAUGGGUCGACUGAAUCUAAUCCGUAACUCAAAGAUAAUACACAAACUCCCCAGUAGUCGCUGUUUUUUCAUCUCAUUUUAGUCUAUAGUAUUGUUUUAGUCUUAUAAAGCCAUGCAAUGAAGUUUGUUUAAUAAACCUGAAACAGUUUUAUUUAAUAUACAUCGAAAAUAUUCUAUAAAAAUGUGAAACCGAAAAGCAAACUAGAAGACUUUACGCAACUCAGCGAUUCUUAUUCGUAAAGUGGGGUUUAUGGAGUGGAAACCACACGAACUACAACGGAAUGCUUGAAUGGCCGAUGAGGUAAGAAGAUCAACGCUUCCGUCUGAUGUCUCUCCUCUUCCUUCAUCGGAAAAGAAUGGGCCUUUAAAAAAUGUGUCACCCAUAUCAUUAAUAUUACUUUACAAUAAUAGCAAAGAAACCCUGUACUUUUGACAAUGACUGCAUAAGUCCUAUUAAAGCUGUAUUUUUUCUCGCGAA